ACCGACAAGCAAGACAGACUGCCUUCAAGAUAAGAAGCUGCUGGGCUGGCUACCAUCAUGUGAGAUCAGAUCAGAAACCCAGAAGCCUGGAAUUCCAACAUUUGAUUCGUUUCCAACAACAUGGAAGACGAUGAAAUGAAGAACUUAACCUACGUUUGGAUCUCAGUAUCCGCAUGUCUUUUAUACUCCUAUUUCAUAUCUGCAAAAAUCCCCAAGGGAACGUUAAGGUUAAUCUCUUUAACCCCCGUCUUUUACCUUUUCACCAUCCUCCCUCUCUUUCUUUCUUCUGCAGUUCUCUCCGCCAUCGUCUCCUUCUUCUUCACCUGGCUUUCCAACUUCAAGCUCCUCCUCUUUGCCUUUGACCGGGGCCCACUUUCAUCCCACAUGGGCCCAACCAAAUCUCUCUUCCUGUUCGCUGUCAUGGCUUCUCUUCCCAUCAGGGUAAAGCAGCGGCGGAGCAGUUCCCAUCAUAGCACCAAGAAAUUGCCUUUGAAUUUAGCGACGGAAACUUUGGGCUUCGCCGUGUUGUUACAGUUGAUUCUGCGGUACAGAGAUUCGGUCCACCGGAAGCUCGUGAUGGUCGCGUAUUGCGGGCUGGUUUUCCUCAUGAUUGAUAUCCUGGUGGCGGCGUCGAGCUUCGUGGUUCGGGGUUUGGUCGGGCUUGAGCUGGACCCGCCCUCGGACGAGCCGUACCUCUCGGGCUCUCUCCAGGAAUUCUGGGGGAGACGCUGGAACCUCACCGUGACCAACACGCUCCGCCUCACCGUGUACGGUCCUACAAAAGAGAUCUCCGCCGGCGUCGUCGGAGACGAGUGGGCCCCUCUGCCGGCGGUGCUGGCCACCUUCGUGGUGUCUGGGCUCAUGCACGAGCUCCUGUUCUACUACGUCACGCGCGCGACCCCGUCGUGGGAGAUGACGCUCUUCUUCGUUCUCCACGGAAUAUGCGUGGCGGUGGAGAUCGCCGUCAAGAGGGCUUUGCGCGACAGGUGGCGGUUGCCGCGGCUCGUUUCUGGACCGUUAACGGUUGGGUUUGUGGUGGCCACUAGUUUUUGGUUGUUCUUUCCACCGUUGAUAAGGACUGGUGCAGAUGCCAAGGUCCUUGAAGAAUUUGGAAUUUGUAUGGAGUUCAUAAAAAGGAAACUAUUGUCACUUACCACAAAUAAUACAAUUUGAGAAUUUCAUUUUUUUCUAA